AUGUCUGCCCCUACUUCCACCGCUUCUCCCCCUCCUGCCUCUGACCUUCCCUUUGCCAACCUUCCCUCUUCCCCUGCUCCUGGUCGCAACUCCACUACUGCUCUGUCCAAGCCUGCCUACGCCUCCGACUCCGACUCUGACGGCCAGGCUCGAGGUGGUCGCCGCAGCCAGAAGCAGCAGUUUGUUGUUCCUCUUCCCACCUCCACCGGCCUCUCUCAGCCCGCUGGUCAACUUCUCAAGGGUGCCACCGAUGAGAACGGCAACCAAAAGUCCGCUGCUCUCCUUGUCGGUAUCAAGCUCGACCUUGAGGCCGAGGUUCACUUGACUGCCCGAGUCAAGGGAGACAUCUGCAUUGGACUCUACUAG